AUGUCGCACACUCUUGCUUUGUGUGGAUUUUUUGCCUUCAAUCCCGAUCAGGUCAAGGACACCAAGAAGAAGGUGGCGGCCGCCCCCCUCGGCUCCAAGAAGGUUGCUGAGAAGAAGGCUGGCAACCCGCUCAUCCAGAAGCGCACCCGCAACUUUGGCAUUGGCGGCGACGUCCAGCCCAAGCGUGAUAUGGGCCGCUUUGUCCGCUGGCCGCGUUAUGUGCGCCUCCAGCGCCAGCGCGCCGUUCUCUACGAGCGCCUGAAGGUCCCCCCGUCGAUCAACCAGUUCACCAAGUGCCUGGACAAGAACAACGCGACCGAGCUCUUCCGUCUCCUCUCCAAGUACCGCCCCGAGACUUCUGCCCAGAAGACUGAGCGCCUGAAGGCUGAGGCUGUUGCCAAGGUUGACGCCAAGAAGCGCGACCCCACCAAGAAGCCCCUCCUCGUCAAGUACGGUCUUAACCACAUCACCGGCCUCGUCGAGAAGAAGGCUGCCCAGCUUGUUGUGAUUGCUCACGACGUCGACCCCGUCGAGCUCGUUCUCUGGCUCCCCGCCCUCUGCCGCAAGAUGGACAUCCCAUACUGCAUUGUCAAGAGCAAGGCUCGCCUCGGCGCCCUCGUCCACCUCAAGACUGCCACCGCUGUCGCCAUCACCGGUGUCAAGAACGAGGACAAGCCCCAGUUCGCCAAGCUCCUCGAGUCUAUCCGCGCCAACUACAACGAGAAGCACGCUGAGAUCCGUCGCUCGUGGGGUGGUGGUGUUCUCGGCCAGAAGUCCCGCAACCGGACUGCCAAGCUCGAGAAGAUCAAGGCCAAGGAGGCCGCUGCCAAGCUCGGCUAA